UAUAAGUGUAGGUGAGGUCCAUUAUAAAUUGAAGUGUACAGCUCUAUAGUUGAUAACAAAACUCUCAACAGUGAAGGUAGAUUUUAUGGUUGUUGACAUCAGUUGUGGCUAGAUUUUUUUACUUGUUUCUAUUAUUAUAUCGGUUGUAGCAGAACUGUUAUUAUUACCAGACAGCAGACAUGAGUGUGACAGGAAAAGUAGCUAUUGUGACAGGUGCAGCAAUGGGAUUAGGAAAAGCCUUCUGCAAGAUCUUGUUGGAAAAUGGAGCGAAGGUUUUUAUGACAGAUGUAAAUGAAGCAGCAGCACAAGUAACAUUAAAAGAAUUUCAAGCUCAAUUUGGUGUUAAUGUCGUGACCUUUAUGAAAUGUGAUGUAUCGUCUAAACAACAAAUGGAAGAUGCCUUUAAAGCUACUAAAGAGAAGUUUGGUGGACUAGAUAUUGUAUGUAAUAACGCUGGUAUUGGUGGGGAGACUGAUCCUCUUUGGGAGAAGGCUGUAGAUAUAAAUCUGAAAGGUUGUAUAAGAGGAACACAUUUAGCUCUACAAUAUAUGAGACAAGAUCAGGGUGGAAGAGGUGGAGUUAUUGUCAACAUAUCAUCAAUGGCAGGUUUAAAUCCUAAUCCAUUUGGACCAGUUUAUUGUGCAACUAAACAUGCUAUUGUUGGAUUUUCAAGAAGUGUAGCAAUGUUUCCCGAGACGGCACAGAAUGGUGUGAGGAUCAAUAUUUUAUGUCCUGCGUUUGUUGAUACGAAUCUGGUAUCAUCUUUAGCAGAAGAAAAUUGUUUAAGUGUCAGUAAAGCCAAAAUAUAUGCACACAAAGAUGGUUUAAUGACGCCAGAUUAUGUAGCAGAAGGUUUCCUGGAAUUAGUCACAGAUAACAGUAAAAAUGGUGCCAUUCUAAAAAUGGGUAAAACAUUUGGAAAAGUGUAUCAUGAAACCUCAAGAGCAUAAAUAAUCAUCUUUCAUACAACAGUUUUUAUAAUACAAUUCAUCUUCUCAAACAGUAACCAGAAUCAUUGAAACUUCUAAAAUGUUUUAUUAUCUGUUUGUGAUUAAAGGAUGACCACACUAAACACAACAAUUUUAUGGAUACACAAUGACCAGGCCUGGAAAUAACGGUUUUAGAUGUACCUGACAAAAUGUCAGGCACUAAUGAAAUAGUACCUGAUAUUUUCAACUUAGUGCCUGACAUGUUUUAAUAAUAUCAAUAAAAAAGACAAAUCGAUGCCAGACAAAAUGACAGGCACCAGAGGUUUUGUGUCGGACAAAACCUGAUCUGUGCCUGACAUUGUCUGUGACAGGUGCCUUAUUUCCAGGCUUGGCUUAGUUGAAUAUUAAGCGACGUUACGACAAGGAUACUCUUGUCUUUAUCAAGGAAAUGAUUGGCUUGAUAAAGACGAGAUUAUCCUCGUUGAAACAUCACUUAGUAUUAAACUCAGUAAUUGUGUAUCCAUAAAAUAAUACCUUGUGUUAAUAUGUUCAAUUACUAAAUGCCAAUCAAAGAACACAAUAAAAUACUAUGUUAUAACAUUCAAUCAAAUUUAGACCAAUACCAUGGUCUUAUUCAUAGGCUACGCCUUUAUAAAUGAACAUAUUUCCGACAACUUUCUUACUUUUCACGGCUUAAUCUACGCAAAAAUGUAUUCAGAUUUGAUUAUUUAAUUAAACAUGCAUUAUGUAAGAGCGAAAUCUGCCUAUUGCAGGUCUUUCUUUCGGCCUUAAAUGUUAUAUAAAUUAUUAAUUAGACAUUUAUUAACAUGACAAGACCAUAACCAACUUUCUAUGCCAUCAAAUGGCUCUGAUUUUAAAUAGAUUAGAAUGGUUUGGCCAUUUAAUGAAUUAAUUUAGAAAUGGAGAAACAAGGCUAAGACUCGUAUGACCAGUAGGCUACACGAUCAAUGCACACAUCUUGUCAAAACUACAACCAUUAAUAACUUCGCUCAAAAUAAAGUAAUUUGAAUGAAAUUUUCAAUAUAUUCAUUUUUCAUUAUCUAUUUCGAACUAUAAUUAUAGUGAAAACGGCCAACUCUUUAUCUAAAUCUUACAUAAUGCCCCUUUAAGAAAACAAAGCCAAAAAUAUCAACAUUAGAUAAACCCCCAUCUUGGAUUGUGUCACAUGGUCUGUCAGGACCUCAUAAUUAAUUCAACGUCCUGACAGACCGUAGUGACAAUUGAAUCAGAAUAAAAAGAGGCAGCUUUAAUGUAAAUUUAAAUUAUCUUAAAGGCUCAAUACCACUCUUGUUGUAACUGAAUAAUAUGUCCCAAUCUUUAUUCUGGUCAACAAAUUAUACUAUUUUACAAUAUUCCAAUUAAUUGAUGAUACAAAUUUCAUCUUAACACACCUAAUUUAAAAAAUUGGACAAAUUCAACUUAAUGAUUUGAAAAGCCUAACAUAAACCUUUUCGACUGUGAAUUGGAUUUAAAAAUAUUUUCGAACCCUCUGGACAAGUAAAAUAGGAUGUAAUAGAUAAUUUACAUAACAGGUAGGACACUUAAACAUCUAAUACUUAGAAUAAGGCUAUUUUUUAUUUUCUGGAGCUGUCAAGCCAGCAAGAGUGUUAUUGUCCCUUUAAAGAAGAUCAAAAUAUUGUAUUAUUAUCAUCUGUGUGUAGGAAUUUCCAUUUGCAUAUAAAUGAUCGUUUACCAUUUCAAUUUUUUUUAAAUAAAUUGUGGAUAUGGAGAUGUUAUUUUUUGGACUAUUUUUUUUUUUGGUGUUAUUGUCAGAUUUCUUAUCGGCAUGGACCUAACUUCUAUAACCUCAUAAUAAUAUCCGUUAUUUUAUAAUUUGUUAUAAUAUGUUAUUAUGUUAUUAGAUUUAUAUUAUAUAUAUAUAUAUGUAGUUAGGCCACACCAAAAAUACAUGUGUUUACCGUUAUCCAAACGUCCCUCUUUUUUUUUUUAGCCUAAAUCGCUUACCUUAAACUUUUUUCUCAUUCCCCAGGCUCUAUAACUCGAUGUUGAUGUGAUUUACUCUUGACAAAUUCCAACAUUGACAUUUCUGUAUUAUUUCUAAGAUGCUUACUCGGUAAUUAAGUUAGAUAUAGAUAAUACCAUGGACCGUAUAUACACGGUCCAUGAUAUUACAAUCCACACAAAAAAAAAGAAAAAGCUUGUUCCCACUAUCAUGAUUUGUGCUACGAUUGAAAUCA